AUGCCCUCGCAUCCCCACGUGCCCCACUCCCCUCGCAUCCCCACGUGCCCGCUGCCCCUCGCAUCCCCACGUGCCCCAAUCCCCUCGCAUCUCCCACGUGCCCUCGCAUCCCACGUGCCCCGCUGCCCUCGCAUCCCCACGUGCCCCGCUGCCCUCGCAUCCCCACGUGCCCCGUGCCCUCGCAUCCCCACGUGCCCGCUGCCCUCGCACCCACGUGGCCCCGCAUCCCCACGUGCCCCGCUGCCCCUCGCAUCCCCACGUGCCCCGCGCCCUCGCAUCCCCACGUGCCCCGCUGCCCUCGCAUCCCACGUGCCCCAUUGCCCCACAUCCCCACGUGCCCCAAUCCCCUCGCCCACGUGCCCCGCUGCCCUCGCAUCCCCACGUGCCCCAAUGCCCUCGCAUCCCCACGUGCCCCAAUCCCCUCGCAUCCACGCGCCCCAAUGCCCUCGCAUCCACGUCCCCACAUCCCCCGCCUCGCAUCCCCACGUGCCCCAAUCCCCCAUCCCCAAAGAGUUGACUUCUUGCUCUCCGACUCACACGUCUCUCAUCCUUGGGCCCGUCUUAUCUCUUAUCUUAUCUUAUCCCAAAUCUCAGACAGACUCUAUAUCUCGUCCUUGA